ACUAGUUUAUUUUAUAGAUGAAAUACUUGAAACAAGGAACACACAGCUAAUGGCUCAGCCACAACAAUAAUAACUGCAUCUCCAGACUUCUCAUCCAGGGCUCCUGCCUCUAUCCAUUAUACCAAGAGGCAAAAGGCAAAUAACUAAAAAGCAAGCUGAGAUCACGUUAAAUUUAACCCGAUUAAUUAUACUUUUAGGUUUAUGGUUGUAUAUGAUACUAAUUUACAUUUUCAAGAGGUUUUACAAUUUACAAAGCAGUUAAAUCCUUUCAACUGCUCUGAGAUAAGGUAGCACUUUUUUUUUUUUUUUUUUUUUUGAGACGGAGUCUCGCUCUGUCGCCCAGGCUGGAGUGCAGUGGCGCGAUCUUGGCUCACUGCAAGCUCCGCCUCCCGGGUUCACGCCAUUCUCCUGCCUCAGCCUCCCGAGGAGCUGGGACUACAGGCGCCUGCCACCACGCCCGGCUAAUUUUUUUGUAUUUUUAGUAGAGACGGGGUUUCACUGUGUUAGCCAGGAUGGUCUCGCUCUCCUGACCUCGUGAUCCGCCCGCUUCGGCCUCCGAAAGUGCUGGGAUUACAGGCGUGAGCCACCGCGCCCGGCUAGCACUUUUUUUUUUUUUUUAAAGAGGUCUUGGUAUUCAUGUCUUGAUAAAUGUUUUAGCAUCUCUCCUACCUCUGACUUUCCUGUCUUCCUUUUCUAUUUGUUUUGGUUUUGAAGCUGUAACUACAAAAUGUGUCCAUUGGGAAGAGAGCAAUAUUAAUGUAUUUGAACAAAAGGGCCCAUUGAUUGAAACCAUCAUAAAAAUAUAUGGGAUGCUGUUAUUAACUCCAUUUUACAAAUGAGGAAACGGAAGCCCAGAGAGAUUAAGUGGUUUGGCCAAGAUUAAAUAACCAUUAAAUGGCACAGUCACUACAAGGUUCAUUUAAAAAAACGUAUAACAUACAUUGAGCAUUUAAUGUGUCAGCCUGGGUAAACAAGAUAUAGUGCUAGUUAACUCCUAGGAAGGCAUAAAUUUCUAUAACCAGUAUAUUACUUUCUAAACCACUGUUAUUGAAAUUUUUAUUUUACUGUCUUCUGGAAUUUUAGCAGCUGGACAAUCAGUAAAUACUUUUCUACUUACACAAGAUUCACGUAACUAUCUGUUUGGAGACUGAUCGUGAUAUAUAUUAGACUAUAAGGUCUUAACUCAAAAGCAUGUUUUGCAUCAUUUGUCUAGAUUAUCUAAAGUAAAAAUGGAAAGCUGUAAUUCUCAAAUGUCUUCGAAUGAACAAAAAAUUGACAAGAAUAUGAAGUUGACUGCAUUACUGUAUAAUCAAUUAUUGGAACCUUGAUUUAACAAGCUAUUUUCAUUUUCAGUCCAAUGGCAUACAAAGAGAAAAUUUUAUUCUUUGUAGUUUCUCCAAAUUCUUUGUAAAAAUUAUGAAAGUAAUUUGCGAAAAAUGAGCGAAUUGACAUGGAAUAUAAGGUGAAUAAUACAUUUUUAAAAUGUAGUUGUGUAUAACGGAAAACGUCAUUCUUGUAUAUUCAGCUAAAACAGACCAUUAGUGCAAGACCUAAAUAUUAAUGAGAUCCGGGAUUUGCAACGAAAUGUCAUUGCUGCUUUUCCCCCAGAAAGUUAAAAGAAAAAUGGGGAGAGCUUUAGUGAAAACUAAAGGUGCUGGCGUCACAAUUGGAAAUGCAAGGAUGCAGAAGAAAUGGUAAGAUGUGGGUGGGUAGUAUCCCAGUAAACAACAUAAACCUUCUAACAGACUUGAGGUGGCUGUCAAGCCUUUCAGACAUGUGAUUGAUAAUGAAUGUCAGAGAAGCGUUUCCUUUUCCAUCAACGCUUCAGGAGACAGCGGACCGCCACCAACACGGGGCGGAAGAGCGCCCCUGUCACGCAGACUGUGCCCCCCUGUCACACAGACCGUGCCGCCCCCAGCUCGCCUGGGCACGCCCCUUCCUGCCCCCGCAGCGGGGUCCCGCCCUUUGCGCCUUUCACUUCCUAGUAACCGCCCUCCCUUGCGCCAUCUUCGCAGGACCCGAUUGGCUGAUGGGGCAACCGCUAACGGCUGUGGCGUUUAAACCCAAGCCGCAGCCGCUGCUGCUCGCCGAGCGCCCGGAGCUGGGUGGGGGUGCCCCACGCUGAAAGAGAGUGAUGGAGUGCCCAGUGAUGGAAACUGGCUCACUUUUUACCUCAGGAAUUAAGAGACAUGUGAAAGACAAAAGAAUUUCAAAGACUGCUAAGUUGAAUGUUUCUCUUGCUUCAAAAAUAAAAACAAAAAUACUAAAUAAUUCUUCUAUUUUCAAAAUAUCUUUAAAGCACAACAACAGGGCAUUAGCUCAGGCUCUUAGUAGAGAAAAAGAGAACUCUCGAAGAAUUACAACUGAAAAGAUGCUAUUGCAAAAAGAAGUAGAGAAACUGAAUUUUGAGAACACAUUUCUUCGCCUAAAGCUAAAUAACUUGAAUAAGAAGCUUAUAGACAUAGAAGCUCUCAUGAACAAUAACUUGAUAACUGCAAUUGAAAUGAGCAGUCUUUCUGAGUUCCAUCAGAGUUCCUUUCUACUGUCAGCUAGCAAGAAGAAACGAAUUAGUAAACAGUGCAAAUUGAUGCGUCUUCCAUUUGCAAGGGUUCCAUUAACUUCAAAUGAUGAUGAAGAUGAUGAUAAAGAGAAAAUGCAGUGUGACAACAAUAUUAAAUCAAAGACAUUACCUGAUUUUCCCUCUUCAGGAUCAACAACACAACCUUUAUCAACUCAGGAUAAUUUGGAAGUGUUAUUUCUUAAAGAAAAUAAUCAAAAUGUAUAUGGUUUAGAUGAUUCAGAACAUAUUUCUUCUAUAGUUGAUGUACCUCCCAGAGAAAGCCAUUCCCACUCAGACCAAAGUUCUGAGAGUUCUCUAAUGAAUGAGAUGAGAAACACUCAACCUAUUGGCCACAGAUGGGAGAAACCAUCCCCUAGUAAUGUGACUGAAAGGAAGAAGCGUGGGUCAUCUUGGGAAUCAAAUAAUCUUUCUGCAGACACUCCCUGUGCAACAGUUUUAGAUCAACAACACAUUUCAAAUCCAGAAUUAAAUUGCAAUGAUGAGAUAAAUGGUCAUACUAAUGAAACAAAUACUGAAAUGCAAAGAAAUAAACAGGAUCUUCCUGGAUUAUCUUCUGAGUCUGCCAGAGAACCUAAUGCAGAGUGCAUGAAUCAAGUUGAGGAUAAUGAUGACUUUCAGUUGCAGAAAACUGUGUAUGAUGCUGACAUGGAUUUAACUGCUAGUGAUGUCAGCAAAAUUGUCACAGUUUCAACAGGCAUUAAAAAGAAAAGUAAUAAAAAAACAAAUGAACAUGGAAUGAAAACUUUCAGAAAAGUGAAAGAUUCAGGCUCUGAGAAAAAGAGAGAGAGAUCAAAGAGACAGUUUAAAAAUAGUUCAGAUGUCGAUAUCGGGGAAAAGAUUGAAAACAGGCCAGAAAGAUCUGAUGUCCUGGAUGGCAAAAGGGAUGCAGAAGAUCCCGGUUUUAUUUUCAAUAAUGAACAGCUGGCUCAGAUGAAUGAACUGAAGAAAAUGACCCUUCAAACUGGCUUUGAACAAGGUGACAGAGAAAAUGUCCAGUGUAAUAAAAAGGAGAAAAGAAUAACAAAUGAGCAAGAGGAGACAUACUCUUUAUCCCAAAGUUCAGGUAAAUUUCACCAGGAGAGUAAAUUUGAUAAGGGUCAGAAUUCCCUAACUUGUAAUAAAAGUAAAGCUUCUAGACAGACAUUUGUGAUUCACAAAUUAGAAAAAGAUAACUUACUCCCAAACCAAAAGGAUAAAGUAACCAUUUAUGAAAACCUAGACGUCACAAAUGAAUUUCACACAGCCAAUCUUUCCACCAAAGAUAAUGGAAAUUUAUGUGAUUAUGAGACCCACAAUAUAUUGGAUUCGAAAAAGCAUGUCACUGAUAUUCAACCCUCUGAGCAAAAUGAAUCAAACAUCAAUAAGCUUAGAAAGAAAGUAAACCGGAAGACAGAAAUAAUUUCUGGAAUGAACCACAUGUAUGAGGAUAAUGAUAAAGAUGUGGUGCGUGGCCUAAAAGGUAAUUUUUUUUUCGAAACCCAAGAUGAUAAAGAACCUAUCUCUGAAAACAUAGACGUUUCCAAAGAGCUUCAAAUCCCAGCUCUUUCUACUGGAGAUAAUGAAAAUCGAUGUGACUGUAGGACCCAGAAUGUGUUGGGUUUGCAAAAGCAGAUCACCAAUAUGUACCCCGUUCAGCAAAAUGAAUCAAAAGUUAAUAAGAAGCUUAGGCAGAAAGUAAAUCGGAAGACAGAAAUAAUUUCUGAAGUGAAUCAUUUAGAUAAUGACAAAAGUAUAGAAUACACAGUUAAAAGUCACUCACUCUUUUUAACUCAAAAAGAUAAGGAAAUCAUCCCCGGAAACCUAGAAGACCCAAAUGAGUUUGAAGCACCUGCUCUUUCUACCAAAGAUAGUGGAAACCUGUAUGAUUCUGAGAUUCAAAAUGUUUUGGGGGUGAAACAUGUCCAUGAUAUGCAACCUGCUUGUCAAAAUGAUUCAAAAAUAGAUAAGAAGCCUAGACUAAAUGUAUAUCAAAAGUCAGAAAUAAUUCCUGAAACCAACCAAAUAUAUGAGAAGGAUAACAAAGGUGUACAUGACCUAGAAAAAGAUAACUUCUUGUCUCUAACCCCAAAGGAUAAAGAAACAAUUUCUGAAAAUCUGCAAGUCACAAAUGAAUUUCAAACAGUUGAUCUUCUCGUCAAAGAUAAUGGAAAUUUAUGUGAUUAUGACACCCAGAAUAUAUUGGAUUUGAAAAAGUAUGUUACUGAUAGAAAAUCUGCUGAGCAAAAUGAAUCAAAAAUAAAUAAGAAGCUGAGGAAUAAAGUGAAUUGGAAGACAGAAAUAAUUUCUCAAAUGAACCAGAUAUAUGAGGAUAUUGAUAAAGAUGUACAUGUCCAAGAAAGCUAUACAAAAGAUCUUGAUUUUAAAGUAAAUAAAUCUAAACAAAAACUUGAAUGCCAAGACAUUAUCAAUGAACACCAUAUGGAAGUCAACAGUAAUGAAAAGGAAAGUUGUGAUCAAAUUUUAGAUUCCUACAAAGUAAAAAAGCGUAAGAAAGAAUCAUCAUGCAAGGCAAAGAACAUUUUGACAAAAGGUAAGAACAAACUUGCUUCACAGUUAACACAGUCUUCACAGACAUCUAUCUCCUUAGAAUCUGAUUUAAAACAUAUUACUAGUGAAGCAGAUUCUGAUCCAGGAAACCCAGUUGAACUAUGUAAGACUCAGAAACAAAGCACUACCACUUUGAAUAAAAAAGGAGAUCUCCCUUUUGUGGAAGAAAUAAAAGAAGGAGAGUGUCAGGUUAAAAAGGUAAAUAAAAUGACAUCUAAGUCAAAGAAAAGGAAGACCUCCAUAGAUCCUUCUCCAGAGAGCCAUGAAGUAACGGAGAGAAUACUUGACAGCGUUCAGGGAAAGUCGUCUACUGUGUCUGAACAAGUUGAUAAGGAAAACAAUUUGGGGAAUGAGAAAAUGGUCAAAAAUAAGCCAGACUUUUACACAAAGGCAUUUGGAUCUUUGUCUGAGAUAUAUUCACCUAACAUACAAGAUUCUUCCUUUGACAGUGUUCGUGGAGGUUUAGUACCUUUGAGCAUUUCUUCUAGUAAAAAUGUGAUAAUAAAAGAAAAUUUUGCCUUGGAGUGCUCACCAGCCUUUCAAGUAAGUGAUGAUGAGCGUGAGAAGAUGAACGAGAUGAAAUUUAAAGUCAACUGGAGAACCCAAAAAUCAGGAAUAGGCGAUAGACCAUUACAGGACUUGACAAAUACCAGUUUUGUUUCAAAUAACACUGCUGAAUCUGAAAAUAAGUCAGAAGAUCUGUCUUCAGAACGGACAAGCAGAAGAAGAAGGUGUACUCCUUUCCAUUUUAAAGAGCCAAGCCUCAGAGACAAGAUGAGAAGAUGAAGUGAAUUUAUGGAUUCUGGUUUUUCUGAAUUUUCAAAGCAUAAAGAAUCAAAACAGAAAUAUAACUAGUAUCAAGAAGAUGAAAUGCUUGAUGUGAAAAGGUUUUUUUUGGGUUUUUUUGGCCUUUCAUGGAGUGUUGAUUUGUCCAUUCUUAAUGUUUAUUAAUAGAUAUAUGUGCAUAAAAUAGCUAUUUUGUAACAUUAAACUUUUUAAGUCAUUUUGGUCAUGAUAUAACUUAUCUUCCUGUUUAUUUAAGCUUCUUUUUACCUAGUAGCCUUUAACCAAACAAUUGCUAUUAACCUUUUAACCAAAUAAAAUGUGUUAAUAAAUA